CCAUCAUGGCGGCCGCCAGGAAGCACAAACGCAUGGCAGCGUCUCAACCAGGGUUUUUACCUCUUAAAUCCGAUUUGGAUGGUAGUAUUUCGAAUGUCAAACGGCGAAAGAGAGUAAACAAAAACAAGAAAAAGAACUGGAACAAAUACAGUGAUAUCCGAGAUGUGGAAGACUUUCUGGACGACGUGCGGCUUCAGGAGAAAGCCACAGGGGGGUUGAUAUCUGAAAAACCAGAUGAAAGUCUCUUCUUCGUCGACACUGGUGAAAAAGCGAAAGAUAAACAACCACAGACGACAACCAAGAAAGGUAAACGAUCUAAACCUUUGCGGAUAGAUCUAAUUCUUCAGCCGGAUUCCCACAUACCUGCUCCAAAAAAUGUGCUGGCGUACCAACAGCCCAACGCUAAAAAGCAGCGGCGCAAGGCAGAAAAAGCAGCUAAGCUGGCAGCUAUAGGUGUGUUGCCGCGAAGAGAAAAGCUUCUUCAACUCCGAAGGGCAGCAGCUGCCUCUGGGGUGUCAGUUAAAGAAAAACCCGUGGCCAAUAAUAAUCCAGAAAGGCCAUUUUAUGACCUGUGGAGUGAAGGCACACCUGAGGCUGCUGAUCCAUUCUACCUUGAACAGACUAAGAAAAAGCUUAUCAAGAGACCAGAUAGACUGAACGAGAAACCUUCAGUGCUUCCUGCUAUUGAAGUCAUUGCUCCAGGAGGCUCAUACAACCCAGACUUCUUUUCUCACCAGGAGCUGCUUCGUGAAGCACAUGAGGUGGAGGUCAAAAAGCUGAAAGUGGAAGAAAAGUUGGCACGACAGCUUGCUGUGAAUCAGGACAUUGCCACUGAGGAGAGCACCUUUAAAGAGCAGGUAGAGGGGUUAAUUGAAGAAGAUGAGUAUCAGCCAGAAGAUCCAGAUGGGGAUGCUGAUGACACAGUCAUUGGGCCAACUGCAACACAGGAAAAGAAAACGGAGAGGCAAAGGAAAAAAGAGAAGGCUGAAAAGAUCAAGGAGUUGCAGAGGAAGGCAGAGCGUGAGGUGAUCGAUAAGAAACAGCAGUUGUUUCAAUUGCGCUCUAUUCGUGCAAACCUGAAGAAUCAGGAACAGAGGACCAAGAUGAGGCAGGCUCAGCGCAAGGCAAAACAAGAGGCAGAGAAAAGCAUGCCUCGUCGACUGGGCAGACUCAAGUUCCAGGAACCCGAUCUCGAUAUUCAGCUCAGUGAUGAGCUUGCCAGUUCACUUCGCAGUCUAAAGCCAGAGGGCAGCAUCCUAAAAGACAGAUUCAAGAGCUUACAGAAGAGAAACCUCAUUGAACCUAGAGAAAGAGCCAAGUUUAAGAGGAGGUAUAAGCUGAAGUACUCGGAAAAGAGAGCCUUCAGGGAGAUACAGUGAACACACGCUGUUAUUUUUCCGUCUUGGUAUUCUGAGAAAUGAUGUUGUGUGUUCAUAUUGCAAUAAAAUAUAAAGCUGUUAUAUUCCAACAA